AUGCGGGAGCUGGAGCCCCGAGCACAGUACAUCCAUUGCACUGCUCAUGUUAUGAAUUUGGUUGUGCAUGAUGUCGCCCAAAACAUUCCACCAUGUCGGAACUUCAUGGUACUUAUUCGUGACAUGGUAACACUCAUCAGAAAUUCCCCAAAGCGACUCACCUGGUUCCAAGAGUUUCAAGGCAAAGACGCAUCAUCUUUGAAACCGUUAUGCCCGACGCGCUGGACCAUGACAACGGCCUCGUUACAAGCCAUUGCUUCCAACUACAGCGCGCUACUGGAAUUUCUGGAGGACCUGUCUCUGAACGAAAAAGGUGACGCAGGAGUCAAUGCUGCACUCCAAAAGAGGAGUUUGCACCUACAGAAAGCUAGGCAGAUGGUUGACACGCUCAGAGAAGACAUAAAGUGUCUUCGUGAAGAAGGAUUCCAAGGAUUUUGGGAAAACACAACUGCAGCAGCACAUGACUUGAAUUUGGAGAGCCCAGCUGUGCCAAGGCCAAGAAAAAUACCCCGCCGACUGGAAGAUGGAGGUUUGCCGCACUGCUUUCAAACACCAGAAACAAUGUACCGACAGCAAUUCUUUGAGAUCAUGGAUACAGCGUCAACAUGCCUGGACUGCAGGUUUAGUCCUUCUGUAUUCGAACGCAUGCAAGAUGUUGAGGAUUUUCUGAUCGGGAAGGGUGACUGCAAAAGCAUCAUGGAGUUCUAUAGGGAUGAUUUGGAUGAGAAAAGGCUCAGGCUGCAUCGUGAUAUGUGCAUUGACUUAGCAAAGCAACGAGGAGUUCGCCUAGCUUCUUUUCAAGAUGUAGUGGACUUCCUAAAAGGCAAUCAGGGAGAGCACCUGAGAAUCAUGUUGCCAGAGAUGACCAAACUAGUGAAACUCGCACUGACUGUCCCAGUAACAUCCUGCAGUUCAGAGAGGUCAUUUUCAGGCCUGCGGCGACUUAAAACUUAUUUGAGGUCCACGAUGGGGCAAGCAAGACUGACCCAUAUUGCUGUAUUGAACACUCACAAGGAUGUAUCAAGAAAUAGGAAUCUGGAUGUAAUCGCAGACGAAUUCAUCAAGCGCACUGCUGCGAGGAGUGUCACUUUCCUCAUAAAGAAGUAG